AUGGCGAAUCAAAGAAGCCGAUUAUCUACUACUCCUUUCUCCACCUCUUCUCCUCCUCGAAUCAUUCCACAACCUCUCCUGCAUCCUCAGGAUCCCACAAAGGGGUUCAUCAUUCAAAGUUUGAUGGGGGCCCAAGUUCGCUUCGGCCCCGGCGCCGAAGUCACCCGAGUUUCCCUUUCUACCGACUUCAAAGCCAUUCGCAUAUGGGACAUCGACACCGACGCCUCAAUCGAGUCUAUCUGGAAGGGGCUCGCCGCAAUUUCCAGCUAUGACGCCCAUCAGCUUCAGAUAUUCGUCAGAGAAGGCACACGAGGCACCAUCCGCUUCGCAGACUUGGCCGCCAACGACAGGUACUUCGCUCAAAACAUAUGCAGAGGCUUCCAGGAGAUCGACCAACAACACGGCACCCUCCUCUCGGACGACGUCCAGGAGAUCCCUUCUUUCAUCCCAUGGCUCCCAGCACGGCAGUACGCAGUCACAGACUCUUGCACGCUCCUUUUGACGUGGCGGAAACCGACCAGGACCGCAACGCUCAUGUUUAGAGAUGGCCGUAAGGCAAGAGAGCUGGCGUGCCUGGUACACGACAGACUGAUCAAGACCUUCGAUCGUCACGUUCGUGCCGAGGUGAUUCCUAUGCCCUGUUCGAGGACCGCAGUUGAGCUGAGCGGACUCCCGAUUCACCUCUCCCAUGCCGACGUUGUGAAGCGCAUACCCCAAGACCUCACGCCUAAUUGGAUCGGGGCAGUCCUCCAAGAACUCGCGGAUCUGACGGCACUCACUGAAAGACUGGAGAGCAUCGGCCCUCUGGCAUCCGACCUCUGCCCCCAGAACACGGCCGAUGAACGCAUGACAAGCGCGACGGUACGGUUCGUCGACGAGGCAGACGCACGCCGCGCCAUUAGAAAGUACAACGAUACCGUGCUGCCCUUCCAACGCAGCGGGGUCCUCCAUGUAGAGGCCCUCUUCAAGACAAAGUUCGUCAUUCCUUACCGAUGGAUAAACAACCCUGCAGCUCCACUAGGACGUGUGAGCACGAACUAUCCUCAAGUCAAUUUCGAGGUCUUCGACCAUGCGUUUCCUGAGACCAUCAGCCUUGAGGUGACUAGCACGGAUAAAAGUUCCGCCGUGCAAGUCAGGAGGAUCCUCGAAAGCCAUUUCGAAGUCGACGCCUCCAAAGAAGAGGAGUAUGCACAUAUGCUUGAAGAUGCGCUAAGCCUACAAGACGACGAGAGCUCGAGCGAGUCCCAUUGUUCGGUCUGUAUGACGGAGCCGACGGAUCCUAUCCAGUCCAGCUGCGGCCACGUCUACUGCUUGGACUGCUAUACCCAUCUGACUAAAUCGGCAGCCGUCUCCGUCACAGACACCGCCAUCAAGUGCAUCGGCAACAUAGGGUCCUGCCAGAAGCCGUUUCCCCUGUCCGAGCUCAGAGCCGUCCUACCAACGGUCGAUUACAGACGCCUUCUCGAGUCUUCCUUGACAUCUUACGUCAGGAGAAGCCCUCUUAAGCUUCGCAACUGCCCGACGGCAGGCUGCCAGCAGCUCUAUCGGCCCACCCCUAAAAAAGCCAACGUCAACCCGGUGGCCAGAUGCCCGGGCUGUCUGGUCGUGCUGUGCAGCGCCUGCCACGCGCAACACGAGGAGGACGUCUCCUGCGAAAAAGCGGAAGACGACGCCAACACCCAACUCAGGAAGGCCCUCAACAUCAAGGGGUGCCCGCAGUGCGGGACAUUUCUCGAGCGGACGGGGGGUUGCAACCACUUGAAAUGCGAGAGCUGUCAUACCCAUAUCUGCUGGGUGUGUAUGAGCCACUACCCAGAGAGCUUAGCGUGCUACGAGCACAUGAGAGACACGCACGGGGGCGCGUACGCUGGGAUACCCGGGUAUGAUGUCUUUGGCGAACGGAUUCGGGAUGUUCCUCCCUUGUUGCCUGGUGUGGAGCUACACUUGGAGGCUCAGGUUGUGGAAAACUUUUACGGACAUGACGGGGAAGAAGAAUUCGAGGACGAUGUGGAUGAUGAGGAUGAUGAGGAGGGAGAGUAUGGCGGGCCUGGCCCGGACGUCGAGGGUCAGGAACUUCAUGAGUAA